GUUGAAGCCAUGAAGCGUAGUGUCUGUCCCGCACAAUGAGAGCUUAAUGGUUUGCUAUAUCGUCGUAUGGUUGUUGUACUUUUGUGUGUAUCUUCCUCGAAGUUAUAAUCAAUUCCAUCUUUUUCCCUUGUUAAAUUAACGGUUUUAACUUUUAUAAUUGAUCCUCCACUUUAUAUUAUAAAUUGAAAUUCCACACAAAAAUUAAUCAAACCAAAAACAGUUGCUGGUUGUUGCUCUCUUCAAUUCCCAUUUUUUUCCACUGUUCACUACGUCGUCCCAAACUUCUUUCUUCUUCCUGCCUCCUUUUAAUUAGUGGCUCAGAAGAGCCGAAGCAUUCUGUGUGGCCAUGAAAACUCGACGAGGAAGACGUGAUCAGGCUUAUUGGCCGUCGCUGGUUAUGAAGAAAUGGCUUAAUAUUAAGCCGAAGGAGUACGAAUUUAGCGAAGAUGAUUUCGAUACUGAGACUGAAAGCGAAGAUGAUGCAAUUUCGUGUAAGGAAUCAAAAGUGAAGGAAGCCAAAGACCGUUUCCGUAGACCUGAGGGGAUCCGAUUCCAAUCCGCGUGCACAAAUCAAGUAUCAGACAAGCCGGAACGACAGUCGAAACACAGAAGAGGAAUUUCCGAAACGUUGCGAGUAGAAUACAUGAAAACAAAAGAUGUGAGAGUGACAAUAGGAACAUGGAAUGUAGCAGGAAGAUCUCCAUCUGAAGGACUUGAUAUAGAUGACUGGCUUUGCAUGGAGGAACCAGCUGAUAUCUAUAUUAUUGGUUUCCAGGAAGUGAUCCCCUUAAACCCAGGAAACGUACUAGGAGCAGAAGACAACAAACCAAUCCCAAAAUGGGAAUCAUUCAUCCGCAAAACCCUAAACAAAACAUCUGAACCUGAAGGAGCUUACAAAAGCUACAGUGCACCCCCUUCACCAAUCCUAAGACCAUCUUCAACAAUCGAUCCUCUUACAAUCGAAGCCAUUGUUAUACCUUCAAACGAAUCUUCAAUCACACGAAACCUAAGUCUCGAUUUAGGAAGACAUGAACUCAAAGCAAAAUACAGUGAAGAAACAAAAGCCUUGAUUAAAAGAAUCUACGGAAUUGACAGUGACAGAAGACUCACAAUCCCUACAAAUAACAACCCAUCUUCUACUCUGAAAUUACGCAGAGUUCUUAGCAGUUCAGGAAUGUCAGGGGUUUCUUGGUUAGGAGGAAACCCUCUUUCUUUUGAUACUAACAAUGGUGGAUUAAUGAAGAGGUUACAACCGAGUUUUGGUAACUUUAUUGAGGAAGAACUUCCUGAAAGGUCUGAAGAUUCUCAUGAGUCUGCUUCAGAUGCUUCUGAUGAAUUUUCAGGGGAAGAAGAUGAAGAUGGUUUUUUGUUUGGUUUACCAGAGGAGGAUAGUCCACCGAAUUUUGUUAAUGGUGGGAAUACACGUCGAAAGUAUGUUCGGAUUGUUAGUAAGCAAAUGGUUGGGAUUUAUGUUUCUGUUUGGGUUCGUAAGAAGUUGAGGAGACAUAUAAGUAAUUUGAAGGUUUUACCCGUUGGUGUUGGCUUCAUGGGUUACAUGGGCAACAAGGGAUCAAUAUCUGUAAGCAUGUCUCUGUAUCAAUCACGUAUGUGCUUCGUGUGCUCUCAUCUUACAUCUGGCCACAAGGAUGGAGAUCAAAACAGGCGAAAUGAUAAUGUGUAUGAAAUCAUUAAACGUACUCGAUUCACAUCCAUAAUUGAUGAUAAACAGCCACAUAACAUUCCUUCUCAUGAUCAAAUAUUCUGGUUUGGGGACUUGAAUUACCGCCUCAAUAUGACGGAUUCCGAGAUAAGAAAACAUGCUGCAAAAAAAGAAUGGAGUGAACUCAUUAACAGUGAUCAGUUAAGUACAGAGCUUCGCAGUGGACAUGUGUUUGAUGGAUGGAAAGAGGGGGCAAUCACUUUUCCACCUACGUACAAGUAUGAAAUCAACUCGGAUAGAUAUGUUGGCGAAAACCCGAAAGAAGGCGAGAAGAGGAGAUCACCAGCAUGGUGUGAUAGAAUACUUUGGUCAGGAAAAGGCAUAAAACAGCAUUUCUACAAAAGAUCUGAAAUAAAGAUAUCAGAUCAUCGUCCUGUUAGUUCUUCAUUCUCAAUAGAAGUUGAAGCUUUAGACCCCAGAAAGCUUCAAAGAACUCUUCAUUACAACACUGCAGCAAUACAUCCUGAGAUAUUUCCUGAUGCAGAUGGGCAUUUCUAACAUUAAGCAAUUACAGGUGUGAUCUUUGUUGAAGACGUACAAGCAAAAAAAAAGAUUAAAAAAAGAGUAUAUAUGUGAGUGUGUUUUGUAAUGUUUGAUUAAUACAUAACUAUAUAGUUUCUCACAUCAUUAGCAGUUCCUUUUAUAGCAAUCAAAAAAUGUACAGGAAAAAAGUUUAGACAAAUUCUUUUGUUUUAGAACAGAAAAAAACAUGAAUAAUGUACUUUCAGCUGUUCAGCAGCAGUAAGGUGCAUCAGUUUUGUAAUAUUCUGACUUUUUGUGAGCUUGUAUGAUAUAAUACAGUUUGUAAAAAUUUCAUCAGUUUGUUUUAGAA